GUACAGGUAGGGUUGAUCAGUCACUGGUCAGCUCCACCAGUCACACAACAGGAGAGGAGACAAUCGAGGGACCAACACAAUGGACAAGAGACGAUAUACUCUGGAGCCACCAGAGGUCAAACUCUACUUGGUCAAAGGAGACAGGUUUACCAAAUGGUCGGAGGAGUCAACCAAGACUGUGCCUGUCACCAUGAAGAUGGACCCUAAGGGCUACUACCUGUACUGGACUAACCAAAGCAAGGAGACAGAGUUCCUGGAUGUUGCAAACAUCAGAGAUACCAGAUCAGGAAAAUAUGCAAAACUUCCUAAACACCCUAAAGUCAGGAAUGUGUUCAACCUGGAUUUUCCAAACAGUGACCAUCUAGUCAAAACCCUGACUGUUGUCACAGGCCCUGACAUGGUGAAUUUGACUUACCACAACUUCUUUGCUUACAAGGAGAAAGUGACACAGAACUGGGCUGCUGAUAUCCUGUCCAUUGCUUACAACCCAUCGAGGAACAACGCAUGCAGACAAGUCUUCAUGGAGAAAAUGUAUGUCCGCAUCUCCCUUCAGACCAAUAAGGAUGGCAAGAUCCCUGUCAAAAAUAUUUACAAGAUGUUUCCGGCUGAUAAGAAGAGGGUGGAGGGAGCUCUAGCUUCAGCACACCUCCCCAAAGGAAAGGGUGACACUAUGAAGCCGGACGUCUUCACUGAAGCUGCUUUCAAGCUCUUCCUGAUGAGUCUUUGUCCCCGGCCUGAGAUCUAUGAGAUCUUCACAUCCUACUCUGCCAAGGCUAAGCCCUACAUGACCAAGGAGAGCCUGGCCAAGUUCGUCAACGAAAAGCAGCGUGACUCCCGCCUCAAUGAGGAGCUAUUCCCCCGCUUCAGACCUGACCAGGUGAAGGCCCUUAUCGAGAAGUACGAGCCCUGCUCCUCCAACUCCAACAGGGGUCAGAUUUCUCCGGAAGGUCUGCUGUUCUACUUGAUGGGGCCAGAGACAUCGGUGGUCAUACUGGACAAGCUGGCCAAGUGUCAGGACAUGAGCCAACCGUUGCCCCACUACCUCAUCAAGUCCUCCCAUAACACAUACCUGACAGCUGGUCAGUUUUCCGGCGUGUCGUCUCCAGAGAUGUACCGCCAGUGUCUGCUGGCCGGCUGCCGCUGCCUGGAGCUGGACUGCUGGAAGGGAAAACCACCGGAUGAGGAGCCUAUCAUCACCCACGGCUUCACCAUGACAACUGAGAUUCUGUUCAAGGAUGUGAUUGAGGCCAUCGCGGAAAGCGCCUUCAAGACGUCACAGUACCCCGUCAUCCUCUCCUUUGAGAACCAUGUGGACUCGGUGAAGCAGCAGGAGAAAAUGGCUAACUACUGUAAGACCAUAUUUGGAGAUAUGCUGCUAACGGAUCCUCUGGACAAGUACCCUAUUAAGCCAGGUCUGCAGAUCCCCAGCCCAGCAGAGCUCAUGGGGAAGAUCCUGAUCAAGAACAAGAAGGGCAGCCAUGGGAAGCCCAGCCAGGCCAGCCCCAAGAAGACAGAAGGAUCAGAGCAGCCCAUAGUCACAGCUAGCGCUGGCCAGGAGCCCAACCAGACAGGCCCUACUAACCCUGAGGACCAGUGUGUGACUGAAGGGGAGGUAACCAUGACCGGGGAGGAGGUGACCAUGACUGAUGACCAUGAAGAACAGCAGGAGGAUGAAGACCAGGAUGAGGAGAAGAUGAAGAACUCGGACGAGGGUACAGCGGGACAGGAAGUGACAGCGUAUGAGGAGAUGUCUGCCAUUGUCAACUACAUCCAGCCCACCAAAUUCAUCUCUUUUGAUAACUCCCGAAAGAAAAACAAGAGCUACCUCAUCUCAUCUUUUGUGGAGACCAAAGGGGAAAGUAUGAUCUCCAAGACUGCAGUGGAGUUUGUGGAAUACAACAAGAGGCAGAUGAGUAGGAUUUACCCUAAAGGAACCAGAAUGGACUCUUCCAACUACAGCCCUCAGCCCUUCUGGAACGCUGGCUGCCAGAUGGUGGCACUCAACUACCAAACUAUGGAUUUCCCAAUGCAGCACAACAUGUCUCUAUUUGAAUUCAACGGGAGGACAGGCUACCUCCUCAAGCAUGACCUCCUCCGCCGUAGUGACAAGAAGUUUGACCCCUAUUGUGAAAGGAUCGACACCAUCGUGGCCAACACACUGACCAUCAAGAUCUACUCAGGCCAGUUCCUGUCAGACAAGAGUGUGAAGACAGGCGUAGAGGUGGAGAUCAUUGGGUUGCCAGGAGACCCCAAGAAGAAGUACCGGACCAGGUGGUCUACCACACCGAACGCCAUUAACCCAGUUUGGAAUGAAGAACCCUUUGUUUUUGAGAAGAUCCUGCUGCCUGACAUGGCCUCACUCAGGGUCGUAGUUCACGAGGAGGGAGGGAAGUUUCUGGGCCACAGGAUCAUCCCCAUCGAGGCCCUUCAGUCAGGCUUCCAGCACAUCUGUCUGCGCAGUGAGAGCAACAUGCCGCUCACUCUGCCAGCUCUCUUUGUGUACAUCGAGGUCAAGGACUACAUCCCUGCUGCUUUUGCAGAUUUCACAGAUGCCUUAUUCAACCCGACAAAAAAUUCUGAGAAGACAACAAAGACAACAGAGUCAUCAGCAGACUACAUCUCCCCAUACGAGAUGCCCCUUGUUAACGUAAUACCGACUGUUGGAGAGAAGGCUACAUGUACAGAAAGAGAGCCUAAGACUAAAGCUUCCUCUCCAUUGGAGGAAGCUGAUACUACCACUGGUACCCUGGAUACUCCACCUACUCCUGAAGAGGCCCCUCCAGAGCCUGAACCCAACAUGGACUCACCGUCUCCCGCAAACACCAUCAGUGUGGAGGCUGAACCUGUUCCAAUCAUUCAGCCAUCUGUUGUUGGCCCCAUCCAGAGUGUAGAGCACGUUCCAGAGCCUGAGGCCCUCCCUAACACCCCUGAUGUGGACCCAGAGGCUGUCCUAGCCACAGAGUUGACCCCUGACCCUAAGGUUGACUCUACUACCUGUACAGACCCCAACAGUAACGUCGACCCCACCCCAAAUGUUGACUCCACUCUAGAUGUUAACUCCAAUGUCGUCCCUACCCCUGAUCCAGAUGUUGAGUCCACUCCUGUUGUCGACCCUGCUAUAGCUCCUGUCCCUCCAUCUGAGCCCAGCUCAUCCGAUCCUGCACCUGAGGACUCCACUCCUCCAGAUGCCAAUGAAGAGCCAUCCACAGUUCCAUGUGAGGAGCUACUACAGCACAAGAGUUUCCUGAAGGUCACCAAGAGACAGGAGAAAGACAUGAAGGAGCUGGAGAAGAAGUUCCAGAAGAAAGGGGAGGAGUUGAUCCAGAAAUACAGCGACACCUUCAAAGCCCUCAAGAAGAAGAACUCCAUGAAGAAGAAAGAGGGAGGGAGUGAAACGGCAGAGCCCGGCCCCAGGGUGGAGAGGGUGAUGGAGCAGAAGGAGAGGCUGCAGGUGGAGCUCAAAGCUCUGUGGGUGGAGCAGUGUGAUCAGUUGAAGAAGAGGAAGGAGCAGCAUGCCACUGAGCGAUUAGCCAAACUGUUGGAGAUGGCCACAGAGAGACACAUCAGUGAACUCAACACUCUGGCGAGUGAAUCGAAGGAGGCAAAGAAGAAAGGGCAGUCAAAGCGCUCAGGUUCAGACAAGGCAAGGCUGAAAAGGGCAAUGAGUGUGGACCUGGCUGAGGAGUCUGCCCAGACUGAUACAGUGUCUACAGACAGCAGUCCUCAGCAGGAUGCUCUCGUGAAGAGACAAACGGCCACACUGGACGAGAUCAAAGGCCUGGCCAAUCAGCUCAAUCAGGAGGCCCUGGCGGAGUAUGAGAAGAAGAUUAGGUCACUUCCUGUUGAUCUGCGGGAGGCUGUGAACGUGUGUGUGGGGGCUCACUUCCCUGAGCAGAUAGACCAGGCUGGGGAGAAGCAGCAGGAUGGGGUGGGCUUCUAUGGAAAUGUCUUCCUGGGGUAGACAUGCUCCUGUACCUUUCUCCUUUCCUUCCUCUGUAUGUAGUCAAUAUCUGAGAACAUUAGGUGUGACAUGUUAGAGGUGUUGAUACUACAGUAUGGCGUACAAAUUGGAUAGGCCUAUAACCGAAAGUUAUCAAUGAGUUGUAAUGAUAAUGAGUUAUCAAUGAGUCAAUAUAGAUAUCAGUACACAUUUGGGAUAUUAGGAACACAUGCCUCUACCUCUUACUGAAGUCAUAUUGUCACAGCCUCAAGUGGUUCUAUUUCUGGCUUAACCUUUUACUGCAGUGGGCUAAAUCAGGGUCACAGUGUUUCUUGGUAGUCUUUAACAAAUCUACUUUGAAACAAAAGUAUGCACCACCUCACUCACAUGGUUAUGGGCUUAAAAAAAAAGAAGACACCUGUACCAUGUCAGAGAUGUGUUACAUUUUGAGUUUGCAUCCGAAUAUUACACUUUAUAUACAUCACAGAAGACUGAAAUAUAACAAAACCGUUUGACAUAGAAACAGUUUUUUCUGCGUUUAAAUGAUGUUCCUGUUUAUUAAUUAUGAAAAAUAUUAAUAACAAUCCACCCAUGAGGCCAUUAGAGGGGGAUUUGGUCAUUUGACUACAGGAAAGAGACAAUUAGAUUGACGAAUUAGGUAUAAUGUGGCGAGAAGUGGCUUUCUCUCAGUCUACUUGAAUCGAGUGGAUAAGUCAAUCUGUCACAGUUCAAUUGGACUGGGCUUUAUUAAGUUGAUACUCCCCCGCACAUUUCAGAGAUUGGCUUUAUGUACAUGAGAGCACAAAAUCCAUUUCGUGAUUGUAAUUUGCUGAGAAACUUUAAAUUAAGGAAAGGUAGAAGUUUAAACUGUGAUCAGAACAGAGGAGUAGGCCAUGAUGCUGGCUUUGUGUCAAUUAUAUUCUGAUGAACUUAGGUAGACUUACUCUCACUAUGGGAGACUAUCUUUACCAGCAUCUGUGUGGUUAGUAGCAGUGAUGUUAUCUAUUUAUGUGUUUAUUAAAUUGCAAUUUCGUACUUAAUUAUGUCACUAAAGGAACUUUAUCUGCAUUAUGGAUUACAGUGCCUUCGGGAAGUAUUCAGACCCCUUGACCUUUUCCACAUUUUGUUAGGUUACAGCCGUUUUCUAAAAUUGUUCAAAUAGUUUUUGCCCCUCACCAAUCGACACACAAUACCACAUAAUGACAAAGCAGAAACAGGUUUUUAUACAUUUUUUCUCAUUUAUUAAAAAUAUUAGAUUUACAUAAAUAUUCAGACCCUUUACUCAGUACUUUGAUGAAGCACCUUUGUCAGCGAUUACAGCCUCGAGUCUUCUUGGGUAUGCCGCUACGAGCUUGGCACACCUGUAUUU